GUGUCCGGACAGGUCUGCGUUUGAACAUUCCUUUCCAUGUGUGCCACUCUCAGUAUGGCAUCAGUGUGAUAAACUUGAGUGUUUUCUAUAUCGGGCAGCGUGUUUGAUAAAGAGCCUCUGACGAACUCUCCUCAGAAACUGUGGCCGCAGUCAGCCGAGAGUCUCGUGCUGCGUUCUCAAUGUGUUUGUGAGUUUGUAUCGUUGUUGUUUAUUGUUUUAAUCAUGUCUGGUGCUGAAGAGUUCACUCGGACGGAUCUGGACGUGACAGUCGACGCAGAGGAUUCUCCAGAACCCGUCAGUGCCCAUCCAGACCCAUGCCAACAGCCGAGUUCACUGACCAGCGACAAUCGCAGCGGAGAGGAAUCCGAGAUGAGCUCAUAUGUGGCGUUCACACAAAACACGUCUGCUCACACUGUGUCUGAAUCUCACGCAGAGGAACAGAAUGAAGAUGUUCUGAAGGAAUCAAACUCCAUCUCAUCUGAUCCAGUAAACACAGUCACAGACAGUCAGUGUGUGUCUGAUGUUCCCAGUGAGGAUGAUGUUGGAGGAGAGACUCUCACAGUGUCUCAGACAGAGACUAAAACCAGCAGACAGAAGGUUUUGAAGAGUUUACAAUUGUGUGCUGCUGAGACAUUAGAAAUUCAACAAGCUAAAGACGUCUCACAACUCUACAGUGAGGAACAGAAUGAAGAUGUUCUGAAGGAAUCAAACUCCAUCUCAUCUGAUCCAGUAAACACAGUCACAGACAGUCAGUGUGUGUCUGAUGUUCCCAGUGAGGAUGAUGUUGGAGGAGAGACUCUCACAGUGUCUCAGACAGAGACUAAAACCAGCAGACAGAAGGUUUUGAAGAGUUUACAAUUGUGUGCUGCUGAGACAUUAGAAAUUCAACAAGCUAAAGACGUCUCACAACUCUACAGUGAGGAACAGAAUGAAGAUGUUCUGAAGGAAUCAAACUCCAUCUCAUCUGAUCCAGUAAACACAGUCACAGACAGUCAGUGUGUGUCUGAUGUUCCCAGUGAGGAUGAUGUUGGAGGAGAGACUCUCACAGUGUCUCAGACAGAGACUAAAACCAGCAGACAGAAGGUUUUGAAGAGUUUACAAUUGUGUGCUGCUGAGACAUUAGAAAUUCAACAAGCUAAAGACGUCUCACAACUCUACAGUGAGGAACAGAAUGAAGAUGUUCUGAAGGAAUCAAACUCCAUCUCAUCUGAUCCAGUAAACACAGUCACAGACAGUCAGUGUGUGUCUGAUGUUCCCAGUGAGGAUGAUGUUGGAGGAGAGACUCUCACAGUGUCUCAGACAGAGACUAAAACCAGCAGACAGAAGGUUUUGAAGAGUUUACAAUUGUGUGCUGCUGAGACAUUAGAAAUUCAACAAGCUAAAGACGUCUCACAACUCUACAGUGAGAAACAAUACAGAGAAGAGGGCAGGAGAGAUCUAUGCAUGAAUUUAUAUUCAUUGAUGCCAGAAACACAAGAGACUCAGUUUGCUAAAGAGAUCUCACAACUACAAAGUCAGGUAAAGUAUAAAUCUGAUGGGAUGAAGAAACUGUCAUCUAGUUUGUACUCUCAGCUGCCCGACACGUUAGAAACUCAACACGCCAAACAAAUGACGGAUCUACAGAGCGACAAUAAAUAUAAAGAAGCUGGAAGAAAAGACAUGUCUAAAAGUCUGUACUCACAACUGACAGAAACACUGGAGACACAACACGCUAAAGAUGCAUCUGAGCUACAGAGUGAGUUGAAGUAUAAGGAUGGACAGAAGUGUGUGUCCAGUUCUCUGUUCUCCACACUGCCCGAGACUCCUGACAUUCAGUUCGCCAGAGACAUGACGGAGACCGUCAGUGAGAAUAAAUACCGUGAGCAUGGUAAGAAGAGCAUCAGCUGCAGUAUUUUCUCUCAACUACCUGAAACGACAGAAACACAGUUCAACAGAAGCAUCAGUGAUCUGCAGAGUCAGGUGAAAUAUAAAGAAGCGGGUUUGAAGCAGAUGUGCAGUUCUCUGUAUCAGCAGCUGCCUGAAACUCUAGAAACUCAACACGCUAAAGAAGCUUCACGACUCCAGAGUGAGUUGAAGUACAGAGAGGGCCGAGCGUCCGUGAUGGGCAGUAAUUUAUACUCGCUGAUGUCAGAGACGCCUCACAAUGAGUUUAUGAAGCAGCAGAUGGAUCUUCAGAGUGAGGUGAAAUAUAAAUCCGAUCUGAAGGAAAACUCCAGUAAUCUUUAUUCUCUUAUGUCUGAAACACUCGAGACACAGUUCGCCAAACAAACGGCUGAGAUGCAGAGUGACGUGAAAUAUAAAGAAGCGGGUUUGAAGCAGAUGUGCAGUUCUCUGUAUCAGCAGCUGCCUGAAACUCUAGAAACUCAACACGCUAAAGAAGCUUCACGACUCCAGAGUGAGGUCGUGUAUAAAGGCGUUGGGAAGGGAGAUUUCUCUGGUUCAUCAUUCACUGCCAUUCCUGAUUCAGCACAGAUGAAGUUUGUUCAGGAAGUUUCUGAAAUACUCAGUGAGAAUAAAUACCGCGAGGACGGCCGAAAAAACCUCUCGUGCAGCGUUUAUUCUCAGCUGAAAGAAACUCCAGAGACUCAGUUUGUCAAAUCCGUGUCUGAACUGCAGAGUCAGGUGAAGUAUAAGUCGUGUGGUGCGAACGGCUCACUGUACUCCACACUGCCAGAGACACUGGACACACAACACGCUAAACACGCCGGUGACAUCAUCAGUGAGGUGAAAUAUAAAGAGGGCAGCAGACAGAGUUUGUGCAGUCCACUGUUCACCCGUCUGCCUGAGACACUGCAGACGCAGACGGCCAGAGAGAUCGCAGACGUACAGAGUGAGGUCAGAUAUAAGCAGAAAGAUGACGCUGUGAGUCUGUAUUCACUGCUGCCUCAGACUGCAGACACACAGUUGGCCAAACACAUGACUGACAUUCAGAGCGAGAUUCAGUACAAACAGGACGGGAAGAAGGAUGCGGAGAGUAAUCUGUACAGUCUGAUGCCACAGACACUCCAAACUCAACACGCUAGAGACGCUUACGAGCUGCAGAGUCACGUGAAAUAUAAAGAGAAGCACAAAACAGAUUCGUCUCUCUACGCUCAACUGUCUGAAACACUGGACACUCAACACGCCAAACACACGGCACAGAUACAGAGUCAGGUGAAGUAUAAAGAGGAGGUGAAGAAGAAUCUGUCCUCGUCGCUAUACUCGCAGAUGUCCGACACGCCAGAGAUUCAGAUGAAUAAAGACAUCAAUGCACGGCAGAGUCAGGUGAAGUAUAAGACCGACGGACGGCAGAUCUUGAGCUCUAGUGUUUACUCUCAGCUGACAGGAACUCCAGAGAUUGAGUUUAUAAAGACACUGACUGAUCUACAGAGUGAUGUGAAAUAUAAAGAAGCGGGUUUGAAGCAGAUGUGCAGUUCUCUGUAUCAGCAGCUGCCUGAAACUCUAGAAACUCAACACGCUAAAGAAGCUUCACGACUCCAGAGUGAGGUGAAGUAUAAGGAGAGCGGAAAGAAAGAAAACUCGUCCUCUCUUUAUUCACGUCUGCCGGAGACUCCACAAACACAACUGGCCAAAGAACUGAGCCAUAUUUACAGUGAGGUCAGAUAUAAAGAGGGCAGUAAGCGAGAUAACUCAUCGUGUCUGUAUUCAGUUCUGCCGGAGACGCUGGAAACACAACACGCUAAACAGCAGUCUGAGCAACAGAGUCAGAAUAAUUACAGGAGAGAGACUCAAGCGGAGAUGCCCAACUGUCUGUACUCUCAACUACCAGAAACAAUCCAAACACACUUUGUGAAAGAACUGACUCCACUCAUCAGCGAGAGUAAAUACAGAGCAUCUGGUAAGAAGGACGCCGGCACGUCUCUCUAUAACACACUAGCAGAAACCAAAGACACGCAACACGCGAGAGACACGUCAGACAUACAGAGCGAGAUCAAAUAUAGAGCGGGACAGAAGCUGCUGCCGUCCAGUAUUUACUCUCAACUGCCUCAAACGCCACAGACUGAGUUUGCUGCCAAAAUCACUGAACUACAGAGUGAUAAUAAAUACAAACAGGAAGUGAAGAAGAACAUCAGUAAUUCUGUCUAUUCUCAACUGCCCGAGACGACCGAGACUCAGUUCAACAAAACAGUGUCUGAACUACAGAGCGACAGUAAAUAUAAAGAGGCGUGUGUGAAGCAGGUGUCGAGCGCUCUCUACACACUGCUGCCAGAAACACAGGACACUCAACACGCUAAAGACGUGUCACACAUGCUGAGUGAGAGAAAAUACAAACAAGACGCGCAGAAAGAGAUUUCCCACAGUCUGUACUCACUAAUGCCCGAGACUGCUGAAACUCAACAUGCCAAACACAUCUCUGAACACCUGAGUCAGAAUAAAUACAAGCAGCACAGUUCCAGCUGCAUGUACUCGCAGAUGCCGCAGACGCAGGAAAUACAGUUUGCCAAGCAGAUGGCCGAACUUCAGAGUGACAAUAAUUACAGGAGAGAGACUCAAGCGGAGAUGCCCAACUGUCUGUACUCUCAACUACCAGAAACAAUCCAAACACACUUUGUGAAAGAACUGACUCCACUCAUCAGCGAGAAUAAAUAUAAAGAGGAAGGAAAGAAGCAGCUGAAGGACUGUCUGUACGCACACCUGCCGCAAACCACAGACACACAACACGCCAGAGAGCUGACACAACUCUACAGUCAGAAGAGCUACAGAGAAUCCGGCAAACAGGAAACACAAUCGUGUCUGUACACUCAGAUGCCACAAACGAUUGACACGGUGUUUGCUAAAGAAGUGUCCAAACAACAGAGUGACAAAGUUUAUAAGGAGAAGUUUAACGCAGAGAAAGGAAAAUCAGAGCACACACACAUGAAGGACCUGCCUGAUGUUACACACGCUAUACAUGUCAACAAACAACAGAGUGAUGUGAUGUAUCGCAGAGGAAAAGAUCAACUUCAUAAAUACAGUGAAGUAACAGACAGACCUGAUAUACUGAACGCCACACAGGCCAGCAAACUCACCAGUGAUGUGGCCUAUAGGAGUAAGAGUAAAGCGGACACGUUUUGUGAGCACACGCUGCUCGAGCGACCGGACAUAAAACACGCCAAACAAGCGACCAAACUCGCCAGUCAGGUGAAUUACAUGCAGCAGUUUCAGAAAGAUCUGAAAGAACAAAAGUCACAAUACAAUCCACAAGAGUGUGUGAGCUUCAAACACACACAGACUGCAGCGGCACUGGCCAGUCAGGUGAAAUACAACCAGAGAAACUUUGAAGCGGUCACAGAUUUACCCAACCUGCUUCACCUGGGUCACGCGCUGUACGCCAGCAAACUGCAGAGCAACGUUGAAUACAGGAAGAAGUAUGAGCAGUCGAAGGGGCAGUACCACUUCACUCUGGACACGGCAGAACAGCGCCACCAUAAGGAGAACACAGUGCUGCACAGUCAGGUGAAAUAUAAGGAGGAUUAUCAGAAGACUCGGGGGAAAUCACAGCUGGAGUUUGUGGACACUCAAUCUUAUAAAGUGUCUAAAGACGCUCAGAAGCUGCAGAGCGAGAAUGAGUAUCGUAAGGAGUAUGAGAACACUAUUAAAGGCACAGUUCAGCUGGAGGUGGAUCUGACGCCUGCGUAUCUCACCGCUCGCAACGCCAGCAGCCUCAUGAAUCAGAAGGAAUACCGUAAGGAUCUGGAGCUGGAGGUGAGGGGUAAAGGCCUGAUGGAUCUUGAGGAAACACCUGAACUGCUGCGGGUCAAAAACGCUGGACACAUUCUCAGUGAGAAAGAAUAUCGUAAAGAUCUGGAGAGAGAGAUCAGAGGGAAGAGAUCAGACGUCACGUCAGACUGUAUGGACAUCCAGAGAGCAAAGAAAGCAUCUGAGAUCAGCAGCGACGUGUCGUACAGACAGUCGUCUCAGCUGAGAGAAUCAUCAUACGGGACAGUGACAGACACACCUGCACUUCUGCACGCUGCGUACCUGAAAGACAUCUACAGUCAGAAGAAGUAUCGUGGUGAUGCGGAGCGGAUGAAGGUUUCAUGUGCUGCUGGACCAGACACUCCAGAGAUACAGAGAGUGAAAAACAACCAGCGCAACAUCAGCGCAUUGCUGUACACGUGGGACUGUAAGCUGUUGAGAGGUGUGACAUCAUCAGUCACUGACACUCCAGAGAUCAAACUGGCUCGAGAAAACACUAAAAACAUCAGUGAUCUUCAGUACAGACAGUGUGUGGGAUCAGGAACUGCAGUCACACACACACCUGAGAUGGAGAGAAUCCGCAGAAACCAGGAGAACAUCAGUACUGUGAAAUAUAAGGAUGCAGUAGAUCGGGUUAGUGUGGGUGUCACACCAGAACUGGAGCGAGUCAAACAGAACCAACAGAACAUCAGCUCGGUGCAGUAUCAGCGGGAUUUGCAGGAGGUCAAAGGUCACUCAUGCUCAGAGUUGGAUACACCUGAAAUGAGGCGUGUGCGACAAUCACAGGAAUCUGUUUCCAUGGCGAAGUAUCACGAGGAGUUUGAGCGGACGCGGGGUCGAGGUGCCUCCCACACCCUCGAUGAGCAGCACAUGGCCCGUCUCCAUGGAAACCACCAGAUGGGCGGCAGUGAGGGUUACCAUGGCAUCCCGCCGCAGGUGGUGGAGAUGGACCGCAGAUCAGCUGGCGCCGCCGAGCUGAGGGUUUGGAGGACUGAUCCGGGAUCAAUCUUUGAUUUUGACCCAGUGGAGGACAAUAUUCAGUCUAAAAGUCUGCAGAGAAUGACGGAGCGUGUGAGUCGUGUGACUCAGCAGCCGUCUGCGCAGUCGGUGCCGUCUCGAGCACCAUCGGAGAGCAGUUCUCUGGCCUCAGAGUUCUGGAGCGGUUCUGUGUACAGCAGCAGUGGUUCUGUUUUGCAGGAGAGAUCCGCUUCAGGUGUUUACCAGCAGGGCGGCAGUCAUCACACCCCUCAUCUUCAUCAGCAGAGUUACAGACACACACAGCCGGUCCGCAGCGUUCAGUCACCUGCACAAUCUGCUGGCAUGAGGGUGUACCGAGCGCUGUACGAUUACGCUGCUCAAGAUCAUGACGAGGUUUCGUUCCGUGACGGUGACGUGAUCAUAAACGCUCAGCACAUCGAUGAGGGAUGGAUGUUCGGCACCGUUCAGCGGACGGGAAAGUCCGGCAUGCUUCCGGCCAAUUAUGUGGAAUGUUUCAACUGAGACUCUCGUUUCCUCUCGCAGUAAACGAUUAUUACAUGAUCUCCCUCACACCUGCUCCCGACACACUACAGUAGUUUAUCUUCCUUUAGCCUGACAUCAGCACAGACACAUGAGAGAUGACCACACAAGGGUUUAGUGAUGUCAUGUGUCUGGUCAGAUGUUUAAACACUAACAUGACAGUCAUCAACAUAACUCAUGAUUACACUUUAACAGAUCUGUUCAUGUUGGUUUGUGACAUCACGCAUUAUGAGGUGAUUUUGGGCAUGUUUGAUAAACGAUUCGAUCAUGAAGCAUCUUGUGUAUGUAGAAACUGAGCUGCUUUUCUUUUUGUGUGUGUGUGGAUUUUUAAUGUGUAGAAUUGUGCUUUAGAAAUGCAAACGCCUUUUCUGACUCGUCACACUGGUUUGAUUUGCGUGAAGGCAUUUAACAGGUCAGCAACACUGAUACAGGAUAAACCGAAUGACGUCAUUAUUUCUUCAAUCUGUCCAUUCUGAGAAAUAAACGAGCUCACUUUAUCGUUAUAUACAUAAGAGCUGAGAUCAUGUGAUCUAACGUGACAUCUCAUUAAUGUAUUUUGGCUUUUGGGUUUGUUGUGUUCAACAGGACUAUUGUUCAAGUUAUCACAGGAUUUUUUGGUUUGGUUUUGUGUUUUAAGUAUUCUGACAUUUCUUUAAAUUAAAAUCCUCUAUAAUCUUUAUUUACCCUCAUCACGGUUUUUAUUAACAUUAUAUUACUUGUAGUGUUUCACUAUUAUGCAAAUAAAAGCCUUUGU